AUGGCAUCUUCAUCUCCAAUCCUCAAAGAGAAUAUCAGGAAGGCCUACGACAACAUAGCUCUCAAGUACUCAGAAUGGACAAAACCAAGCUAUCCUACCCGCCUUGAGUAUCUCCAGAAGCUGCUCGGAUACAUUUUACCCUCACGAAGCGAAAAGUCGGUUCUUGAGUUAGGGUGCGGUUCUGGUCAACCUUGCACUGCCCUUUUUGCUUCCAACCCUAGACUGCAUGUCACAGCAAACGACAUCUCACCUGUGCAGCUUGCGCUUGCGGCAGAGCAUCUUCCUUCUACAAAUGUGGCUCUAAUUGAGGGGGAUAUGAUGGAUCUGUCCUUUGAUGAUCACAGUUUCGACGCCGUGAUUGCAAUGUAUUCGCUCAUUCACCUGCCGAGGGAGGAACAAGUUACUCUAUCAACAAGAAUAUACAAGUGGCUGAAGCCCGGAGGAUUGUUUCUGGGGAAUUUUUCAGCGGGCCCUGGAGACCAGGGAUCUUUUGACAAGCAUUGGUUGGAUGGGACGGAUGGAGUCAUGUUUUGGAGUGGAUGGGGAGAAGAAAGGACCUGUGAGAUACUGUCCGGCAUUGGAUUUGAGCUGAUUCUCAGGGAGGUUGUCGUUGAUACCGAGGAAGAGAAGGGAGAAGGAAAAGAUGUUCCAUUUUUAUGGGUUCUGGGGGAAAAGGUGGAUAAUUGA